AUCUACGGGGCGGUUUUAUGUUUGGAUUUGAAAUCAGCCGUGUUUUCCACCGUUAAUUUGAAUGAUCUAAUUUCGUAGUGUGAUCAAAUAUUAAUACAUUUUCGAUAUCUAAUCACGAACAUGUGUUGGAGGCGAAGUCUACGGCUGGUUUACGUUUGAUAACGGUUAUUUAUUUCACUCGGACAUCUGUACAUUUGAUAUAGUGAUGUUGCCUAUGAGGACAAUGGCCUCUUUAAAGCCGUCCAAGCUGACUUCAGCUACUGUUACGGCAUCAAAGAUCAAACACAAGAUCCUCAACACCUCCUCGUUCUUCAAGAUCUCUUUGAAGACCAACAACAAGGCCUUAGCUGUUGCUUUGGAGGUCCAGAAGGAGAGGAGCCGGGAGCUGGAGAUGGACAUUGUGCACUAUCAGAAACAGGUGGAGGCACUCUGCUUCGAGCUGGCCACCAAGAAAUACAAGCAAAGGAAACUGCUCCUCAUCUUGGACACCCUCCGUAGCAACACUCUGGAGCACUUGGACAUGGUGGAUGAGCUGUUUUCUGAUGGCGAUAAAGUUGCUGAGGACAACAAGACCUUAUCUUGUGGCAUCAACAACGAGAAUCUUUUAGUGGAAAGUCCAACAGAUGAGCAGCCACCUCAGCCAGAAAUGGCACAGCCUAUGUUGUGUCCCUUCCAAAAAGAACCAGCAGAUUUACCCGAAAAGAAACCCAUUUCAAACGUCGCUAAUAUCCUGAACAGACCCAGAAAGUCCACAGAUGCUUUCAAUGAUAUAAGAGAUCCAGAGAAAAGGCGUUCAAGCCUGCUUGUACAGAUUCCCCAGAGAGGAAAAUCCCAUCCGUCCAGCAGCCUGUGGGAAGAAGUAGAGAGUCUGUCAAUCAUGUUCUCACAACCUGGGAUUGAUAUGAAGUCAAUCCCCUGUUUACAAAAAACCCAACCCCCCUCAGCUGUAAGCACAUGUGAAAAACCCAACCCAUCUCUUCCUGAUGACGUUCCCCUUGAACAAGAUUCCAAACAAGAGAAGACUGUGCUUCUGAAUACAUCAAUGGAAAUUACAGUGAGUGAUUCUGCAGAGAUAGUUGUUGUGGAAACCAAGGCUAAGAGAAAAGCCCGCUCUGUAAAGCCAAAAGCCAAGAAGGAUAAGGAACAAGCCUUUGUGUCAAGUGUGGCGGAAAAUCCACAAGUGAAGAUCUCAGCAGAUUUGAAGCGGAGUGAAGUUCAGAGUUCUCCCACUGGGACUUUGUUACAGACAGAAGGCCCUGCACUACAUGAUGUAAUAGAACCAGAUAAUAUUGAGCUACCGUUACCCAAAACACUGGGUGGGAGUGGCAAUACCUCGCGCAUUCCCAGACUGAACAAAUUUGAACCUGGAAACCAUAAGAAAAUGGUAAAGGACAAACAGAAAUCCCGUGACCAUGAGUCAAAAACAGAUUCAAAUGGAAUUGGCGUAUCGGAUCUGGAUGAUUAUUUCACAGAUCCUGAUUUUGAAAACUCAAAAGCCUGCAAAAGUGUACCAGAAAAGGAAACCGCUGAAAUAGAAAGAAGGUCCAGAGUCACAUGCAGGACGUCUAGGGUUAAAAGCAGGAGCGGCUCCUCGGCCAACAGGAAAACAUUUGUGGCUUUUCCUCUUCUACCGUGUGAAAGUGAGAGCGAGAGCAAUCAGUCCACAUUGCAACAGGCUCACAUAGAAGUUGAAGAAGAAGAACGUCAUGGAAAAUAUGAAGCAUGCAACGAGCAAGAACCACCUGAGCAGUUCCCGUUUUGUGCAGAUGAAGUCACCCAAUCAGAGUUCUCUGAACCGCAGUGCAAAAUAAGGAGAAUAACUCAGCGAGUGAAAUGCAGAGGGACAUUCGUGGUCUCAGUGGCCAGGGAAAGCAUCUUCUCUAUCGGAGUGUCACCAGAAGUCAGUGCCCUAGAGCAGGACUUAAUGCCUUCUACUGAAACCUCCACUUGUGGGACGGAAGAACCGGCAACAGUCAUGGAUGCCGGCGUUGAUCUAAAUAAUUCAGAAUCAAACCAGCACCGCGAAGAAGACCUUAUCAAGGAAACGCCAAGCUCCUGUAAGCAUCCAUGGCGGGCCACUAUGGACAGAGAAGCCCUUCAAGAGGAUUUCAGUUGCAAUGAUGACCUCGAGGUACUGGCGCUGGACCAAGAGCGUACUUCAGCAUCAGAGGUUCAGAUAUCUAAAAAAGCCAGGAGAGAGGGAAAGAGUAAAUCUACUAAGAAGAAAGUUCAAAGGGAAAAGCGUGUAGAUAAUUUAAGUAAAAGAAAGAAGAAAGACAAAAGAAUUAGCUUUCAAAAUGAAGUGUGUUAUCUUGAGGACGGCGGGGAUGCCUCACAUCACCGUGGCGUUGAAGAAGAAGAAGAACGUCAUGGAAAAUAUGAAGCAUGCAACGAGCAAGAACCACCUGAGCAGUUCCCGUUUUGUGCAGAUGAAGUCACCCAAUCAGAGUUCUCUGAACCGCAGUGCAAAAUAAAGAGAAUAACUCAGCGAGUGAAAUGCAGAGGGACAUUCGUGGUCUCAGUGGCCAGGGAAAGCAUCUUCUCUAUCGGAGUGUCACCAGAAGUCAGUGCCCUAGAGCAGGACUUAAUGCCUUCUACUGAAACCUCCACUUGUGGGACGGAAGAACCGGCAACAGUCAUGGAUGCCGGCGUUGAUCUAAAUAAUUCAGAAUCGAACCAGCACCGCGAAGGAGACCUUAUCAAGGAAACGCCAAGCUCCUGUAAGCAUCCAUGGCGGGCCACUAUGGACAGAGAAGCCCUUCAAGAGGAUUUCAGUUGCAAUGAUGACCUCGAGGUACUGGCGCUGGACCAAGAGCGUACUUCAGCAUCAGAGGUUCAGAUAUCUAAAAAAGCCAGGAGAGAGGGAAAGAGUAAAUCUACUAAGAAGAAAGUUCAAAGGGAAAAGCGUGUAGAUAAUUUAAGUAAAAGAAAGAAGAAAGACAAAAGAAUUAGCUUUCAAAAUGAAGUGUGUUAUCUUGAGGACGGCGGGGAUGCCUCACAUCACCGUGGCGAUGGCGUUCCUGAGAGAAACGAGGAACAACUAGACGAUUUACAAAUGGCAGACUUGCAUUCUCACAUAAACGAGUCAGAUGACAGCUUUGGCGAUUUAUUUGAUUCAAAACCAAGCGAGUCAAAGUUCGGGAUGGCACGGAAUCCUAAGUGGUGUAGAAGGACAUCCACGGCGGCACACACAUCCACAGGAGGCAGAAAGCCACAGGAGACAAUGAUCGUCUACAGGCGGAAAACUCAAGACAUUGUUACAUUAAAGAACAAGAGGACCACUCAUGUGUUAAACAAUCUGGACACCAGGGAGGAGGCGGUUCGUCAGGAUGUGGGAAACCUGCUGAUGGACGAGAUGCCGCCAUGGAUGGACGUAAAUGUCCUUGAUGACACCGAGAUCGACUCUUUACUGGCUACUCCCAGGAGGAAGACAUCUGUCCGAGCGGCCAAAGAGUCCCCUGCCGUCACAGCUAAACCCUCUCUAGCAGGGGGCGUCUUAACGUCACUAACCAACACCAUUGCCACCCCAGAGCAUGAAAAUGGAGGAAGGAGCCGGAGAGGGAAAGGUGUAGUCAACUACAAGGAGCCGACCAUUAACGGUAAAAUAAGGCGUGGCGACAAAUUCACAGACUGCAAGUUUCUGAGUUCCCCUGUGUUCAAGGAGGAGAAGAAGAAGAAGAAGAAGAAGAAGACCACCAAACCCAAGUUGGAGAAAUCUGUUUUGCUGGUGGACUGAUUCUACUCUUUAAUUAUUUUUUUUGCCUUGUUUACAUUUUUAAUUGUUGUUUUUUUAUUCAGCUUAAUAAAGACUUUAUUUAUUGCUUGAAACCAUAUGUUGUAGAUUAGACUGGACAAACGUGUGAUCUGUGUGAAAAUAUUAAAUGUAAACACUUACUUCCAUCA